AUGAGCUCUGUAAUAGAGUCUGUUAUAAAAGCUCUGUUAUAUAACACCAACUCUGAUAUAAGUUUUGAAUUUAUUCUUAACCAACACUGGUGGUACAGCAAAGGCGACGUCGAAAAGCUGAAACCCAUACGAUCUGCCACAAAUAGACUCUCCAACGCUGCAGACUCUCCAACACUGCAGACUCUCCAACGCUGCAGACUCUCCAACGCUGCAGACUCUCCAACGCUGCAGACUCUCCAACGCUGCAGACUCUCCAACGCUGCAGACUCUCCAACGCUGCAGACUCUCCAACGCUGCAGACUCUCCAACGCUGCAGACUCUCCAACGCUGCAGACUCUCCAACACUGCAGACUCUCCAACGCUGCAGACUCUCCAACGCUGCAGACUCUCCAACGCUGCAGACUCUCCAACGCUGCAGACUCUCCAACGCUGCAGACUCUCCAACACUGCAGACUCUCCAACGCUGCAGACUCUCCAACGCUGCAGACCCUUCAACGCUGCAGACUCUUCAACCCUGCAGACUCUUCAACGCUGUACUCUCCAACGCUGCAGACUCUCCAACGCUGCAGACUCUCCAACGCUGCAGACUCUCCAACGCUGCAGACUCUCCAACGCUGCAGACUCUCCAACGCUGCAGACUCUCCAACGCUGCAGACUCUCCAACACUGCAGACUCUCCAACGCUGCAGACUCUCCAACGCUGCAGACCCUUCAACGCUGCAGACUCUUCAACCCUGCAGACUCUUCAACGCUGCAGACUCUUCAACGCUGCAGACUCUCCAACGCUGCAGACCCUUCAACGCUGCAGACUCUCCAACGCUGCAGACUCUCCAACGCUGCAGACUCUCCAACGCUGCAGACUCUCCAACGCUGCAGACUCUCCAACACUGCAGACUCUGCAACGCUGCUGACUCUCCAACGCUGCAGACUCUCUAACGCUGCAGACUCUCUAACGCUGCAGACUCUCCAACGCUGCAGACUCUCCAACGCUGCAGACUCUCCAACGCUGCAGACGCUCCAACGCUGCAGACUCUUCAACGCUGCAGACUCUCCAACGCUGCAGACUCCCCAACGCUGCAGACUCUUCAACGCUGCAGACUCUUCAACGCUGCAGACUCUCCAACGUUGCAGACUCUCCAACGCUGCAGACUCUCCAACGCUGCAGACUCUUCAAUGCUGCAGACUCUCCAACGCUGCAGACUCUCCAACGUUGAAGACUCUUCAACGCUGCAGACUCUUCAACGCUGCAGACUCUUCAAUGCUGCAGACUCUCCAACGCUGCAGACUCUCCAAUGCUGCAGACUCUCCAACGCUGCAGACUCUCCAACGUUGCAGACUCUCCAACGCUGCAGACUCUCCAACGCUGCAGACUCUUCAACGCUGCAGACUCUUCAACGCUGCAGACUCUCCAACGUUGCAGACUCUCCAACGCUGCAGACUCUCCAACGCUGCAGACUCUCCAACGCUACAGACUCUCCAACGCUGCAGACUCUCCAACGCUGCAGACUCUCCAACACUGCAGACUCUCCAACGCUGCAGACUCUCCAACGCUGCAGACUCUCCAACGCUGCAGACUCUCCAACGCUGCAGACUCUCCAACGCUGCAGACUCUCCAACGCUGCAGACUCUCCAACGCUGCAGACUCUCCAACUCUGCAGACUCUCCCAACGCUCCAGACUCUCCAACACUGCAGACUCUCCAACGCUGCAGACUCUCCAACGCUGCAGACUCUCCAACGCUGCAGACUCUCCAACGCUCCAGACUCUCCAACGCUGCAGACUCUCCAACGCUGCAGACUCUCCAACGCUGCAGACUCUCCAACGCUGCAGACUCUCCAACGCUGCAGACUCUCCAACACUGCAGACUCUCCCAACGCUCCAGACUCUCCAACACUGCAGACUCUCCCAACGCUCCAGACUCUCCAACGCUGCAGACUCUCCAACGCUGCAGACUCUCCCAACGCUCCAGACUCUCCAACGCUGCAGACUCUCCCAACGCUGCAGACUCUCCCAACGCUGCAGACUCUCCCAACGCUGCAGACUCUCCCAACGCUGCAGACUCUCCCACCGCUGCAGACUCUCCAACGCUGCAGACUCUCCCAACGCUGCAGACUCUCCCAACGCUGCAGACUCUCCCAACGCUGCAGACUCUCCCAACGCUGGACUCUCCCAACGCUGCAGACUCUCCAACGCUGCAGACUCUCCAACGCUGCAGACUCUCCAACGCUGCAGACUCUCCCAACGCUGCAGACUCUCCAACGCUGCAGACUCUCCCAACGCUCCAGACUCUCCCAACGCUGCAGACUCUCCAACGCUGCAGACUCUCCCAACGCUGCAGACUCUCCCAACGCUGCAGACUCUCCAACGCUGCAGACUCUCCAACGCUGCAGACUCUCCAACGCUGCAGACUCUCCCAACGCUCCAGACUCUCCCAACGCUGCAGACUCUCCAACGCUGCAGACUCUCCCAACGCUGCAGACUCUCCCAACGCUGCAGACUCUCCAAUGCUGCAGAGAUGA